AUGAUAUCUCCACUUCCGUCAUACGACGAGCUACUGAAUAGCGCUUACGCAAACAUUAGUUUGAUCGCCGACAAGACUUGGACCUUCGAUCCCGAGGAUCCUUUUCGAAAGUUAAAUCACUCUCUUUGGAUUCAAAGUUGCGAAAUAAUCGCGAAGUACGAGGAAUAUGGUGAUUAUCGUCCAAGACUCGUUCGAGACGUCAUCUCCGAAUCGCGCUUGGCGAAAUACGGUAAUUACGAGUACGACGAGCAGCAUGAGAGAACGUACAGGCCGGACGACGGUAAAUCGUCGGGUAGCGUGCCUUGCCACUUCCGUUCAGCUACGGAGGCUGUGGAACCGUGGAUGCUUCCUGAAGUUCAAGAACACUUCGCCCGACAUGAAAAUUCUAAAUACAAUCUAUUAUUGCGAUUAGAUUUUAAUAUCUCGUUAAUUAGUACUUUCAAUUUGCAAAGCUCAGCAAUACAAAUACUAAAGAGUAACACCGCGAGGAGGGAUAAUGAAACCGUCGCUUGCUCGAACUUCCAAUUGGACUGGAACGAGAGCUCGAAAAAGCGACGUCAAAAGACCAGUCCAAAAGGGAGCAGAAAAAUUGGAUUGCGCGAUGAAUUACUUUCGAAUAAAUCUGACGAGGGCGGAAAAUCAAUCAGAAUAUUUGCCCGUCAUCGCCGAUACACCGCCGAAACUGCCGCGGAAAUGCAGCUGCAGUUCCGCAUCGAGAGCAACGCUCAACAGCAGCAGCAGCAGCAGCGAUGCCAUCAGCAGAGCCAGCAAUCACGUACCGCACGACAGACGCAGCCUGUCACCCAACAUCAUCAGUUCUACUGCGCAUUGCAGUAUCAACCCUUGAUCAUGCGAGAAUAUCAGCGAAAACCGUUAUUAUCAUCUCCAUUACCACCACCACCGCCGCCGCCACCGAUUCUGAGCGCCGAAGUGCCUGAAUUCUUCCCGAAGUCGAGCCUAUCCCCGAUAGCAUAUAACUUGAAUAAUGACAAAGAGCGCAAGACUUGCCAGAUACGGUACUUCCCGUCGUUGAAUGACAGGAAUUACCAAAACGAGUUGUUUCCUUAUAACAGGCCGCAGCAGGAGACUGCGGCAACUGUCUUUCCAGUAAACGUACGGCUUACAGAAAAUGCUAGAAUGUCCAUAUUAUCAGCGACAGAGACGAAUGUGUUUCGUUCGCCUCAAGAAUGGAUUCACAGAGUGGCACCACCAGUGCAAUUGCAGUUGACAGCGUCUUCCUCGUCACCACUAUCAAUCUGCACGCCGCUGCAACCAAUUCACGAUGCUGCAAUCGUCGGCCAUCGUCCCUUACAGAUGUACGAGAAAUUUUUACCUUGUACCCAGCCAAGUUCAACGACACCCAUACCUGUGUAUCAGCGACCGGUGGAACUGUACCAGGAAUCAAUGCUGAAGCGGAAGAAUCAAGGGGUCGACUUCAACAAUCUCAUACUACUAACAAAGAACAGCAUCAAGACGCGACGAGGCCACUCGAAGCCCCUUGUUCAGCAGCCUUCCCUUCUGGAUUCCAGACAGAGCCUAAAAACUUCCAGUCACAAUGUGCAGGUGCAAUGGUUCGAUAAGGAUCAUAGUGCGAAGAAAACGAAGGAGGUGACCGUAAACGCACUCGUAUCCGAGCUGCGCAGUUUUGAGGAGAAGUACGAAUACUGCAGAGGAGCCGAUACUAGCUGGAGAAGGGUCGCCGAAUCAUCGCAAGACCAGCAAAGAUUGUCUGAAACUUCGCUCCGGUUGAAGGAUAGAAUAUAUGGAAACGAGAGCUCAAGAUACAGAGCUUUAGACACUGAAGAGGACAAGAACUCGAAGCGGCCGCUUUAUAGAGACGUUCUAGCGAAUGCCUCGAACGAGGCGAUCUUAGAUAAUGUCUUCGAGAAGAGGUACGAUGAGCUUGAACAGCAAGCGAUGGAACAAUACAGAAAUUCGGAGGAGUCAUUAGCGCUCAAAUAUCAGGAAUUGGAACGUCAAGCAAUGGAACAAUAUAGAAAUGGUAAUACAGAAGAUGAAAAGCGUUCGAUGAAUCAGGAUUGUAUCGAUGGACAAAGAUGUUCGGAAUACGGACACUGCAGUCCCGUGAAAAGACAUGCAAGAAAAAAAAGUUCUUAUUUUCCGCAAAUCACUCUGUUAAAGCCGAAGGGUAAAUCCUUGCCAAAUGUCUGUCAUGGCAAUGGCAGUAAUCAUCAAGCAACCAUCGCUUCAAGAAGUUUAUCCGCAUUGACUGAAUCGUCGAAGGAAUCGAAAAACAUAUGUAAGGGUGCAUCAGGAGAUAAAAUUGAUACGAGUGUCUCAGUUCGAGCAUCAUCAAAGCGGCGUCUGAUACUGAUGUCACCCUUCGAACGCAAAUCAGAGGCCAGACAAAUAAUGAAGGCGACGGAACUACGAAAUAUUUGCUCGUUCUCCCAAACAAGAAACAAUGUCCUCGAUUAUUAUCGGACUUCCGAAAUUGCUCAGAAUGGCAGCGGUGAUGAAAAUAUAACAAUUAUACAAUCACCUGGUACUGAAGUUUGGUUGUCCGGAUUUUGGACUACUUAAGAGUAACUAAACGAAUUUCCUUGGGAAAAAUUGAAAGACUAUCGAAGUUUCUUUGCCAAGACGACGUCGGUGGAUUUGACCGAAGAAAUUCUUCAGAAAUAAGAAGCAAGUCAUGACUUAUAAUAUAAUUAAUAUUAUAGGCAUAUGUGUACUAUGAAUAUGUAUGUAUGUAUGAGAAGUAAGUUAUAGCGUAUUCAUGUGAUAUACGUAUAUUGAUAUACAAUCGACAAGACAGUUUACAUAAAUCUUUACAACAGAUAAAUUAUUGCUUGUAAAUAGUGACCAGAUUAGCGAAAUGCAUUAAACAUGUCUAUCUGUUCAUAAGCACGUAUUAUAUAUAUUUUUAUAUUAUAAAAUAUGCUAUAAAAAAGGUAACAAAUCUAAACUGGCUACAUUAUUCGAUAUCCAAAGGAUAUAUGAUAUAAUCUAUCAAGAUCUAAGUAGAGUUAAAUCUUUUGGGAACGUAUCUUUGGAAAUUUUCAGUCUUCGUUUAACUCUUUGAGUCAUCUGUCAUGUAAAUGGUAUGCAACACAAAUAAAAUAGGGCAUUACAAAAUAUAGACAUAAAAAAAAUCUUAUCAAAGGCUAUACUGUAAAAAAUAUUCCUUCUCUCUUCACGUAUAAACUCUGACUUUUACACAAAACACACAUGCAUAUUUUUAUGUAACGUAUAGAAUAAUUUAAUAUAUUGGUUGCGUCAAGCAGAAUAUUUAUUUUG